GCCCCGCCCUCCGCCCGCCGGCCCGCCCGUCAGUCAGGCAGGCAGGCAGGCAGGCGUCUGUCCGGGCGGCCGAGGGUGCUUCAGCUCUCUUGCUCCUAGCGGUCCGGCUUCCUUCCCGGCCAGCGGCGGCGGCUGCAUCCGCGGCGGCGCGGUCCCUCCGGGAAGCGCGGCGUGGGCCGAGCGGCGGCCGCGGAGGGGAGAGGCCGGCGCGGCGGCGGCGGCGGCGGUCUGGCAGCCAACAUGGCGGCAGCGGCGGCGGCGGGCGCGGGCCCGGAGAUGGUCCGCGGGCAGGUGUUCGACGUGGGGCCGCGCUACACCAACCUUUCGUACAUCGGCGAGGGCGCCUACGGCAUGGUGUGCUCUGCUUAUGAUAAUGUCAACAAAGUUCGGGUAGCUAUCAAGAAAAUCAGUCCUUUUGAGCACCAGACCUACUGCCAGAGAACGCUGAGGGAGAUAAAAAUCUUACUGCGCUUCAGACAUGAGAAUAUCAUUGGAAUUAAUGAUAUUAUUCGAGCACCCACCAUCGAGCAAAUGAAAGAUGUAUAUAUAGUACAGGACCUCAUGGAAACAGAUCUCUACAAACUCUUGAAGACACAACACCUCAGCAAUGACCAUAUCUGCUAUUUUCUUUAUCAGAUCCUCAGAGGGUUAAAAUAUAUCCAUUCAGCUAAUGUACUGCACCGUGACCUCAAACCAUCCAACUUGCUGCUCAACACCACCUGUGAUCUCAAGAUCUGUGACUUUGGAUUGGCGCGUGUUGCAGAUCCCGACCAUGAUCACACAGGGUUCCUGACAGAGUAUGUAGCUACACGUUGGUAUAGGGCUCCGGAAAUUAUGUUGAACUCCAAGGGCUAUACCAAGUCCAUUGAUAUUUGGUCUGUAGGCUGCAUUCUGGCAGAGAUGCUCUCCAACAGGCCCAUCUUCCCAGGAAAGCAUUAUCUUGACCAGCUGAACCACAUUCUGGGUAUUCUUGGAUCCCCAUCACAGGAAGACCUGAAUUGUAUAAUAAAUUUAAAAGCUAGAAACUACUUGCUUUCUCUUCCACACAAAAAUAAGGUGCCAUGGAACAGGCUGUUCCCAAAUGCUGACUCUAAAGCUCUGGACUUACUGGACAAAAUGUUGACAUUCAACCCUCACAAGAGGAUUGAGGUAGAACAGGCUCUGGCCCACCCAUAUCUGGAGCAGUAUUAUGAUCCAAGUGAUGAGCCCAUUGCUGAAGCACCGUUCAAAUUUGACAUGGAAUUGGAUGACUUGCCCAAGGAAAAGCUCAAAGAACUCAUUUUUGAAGAGACUGCUAGAUUCCAGCCAGGAUACAGAUCUUAAAUUUGUCAGGACAAGGGCUCAGAGGACUGGACGUGCUCAGACAUCAGUGUUCUUCCCAGUUCUUGACCCUGGUCCUGUCUACAGCCCGUCUCGGCUUACUCACCUUGACUCCUUUGAGCCAUUCGGAGGGGUGGUUUCUGGUAGUUGUGGCUUUUAUGCUUUCAAAGAAUUCCUUCAGUCCAGAGAACUGGACUGGCACCCCUGUAUGUCACCCACUGGUGACUCGUGGCAGUAUGUACUUUCAGUGCACCUACUGCUUACCGUCGCUUUUGUCACUAAUCGCUUUCUGGUUUGAAAGAUGCAGUGAUUCCUCCCUCCCCCUGAAUCCUUCUUGACACCUCCUGAACCAUGCUAUCUGCAGCCACACCAGAGUUAGUUCUUUCUAAAUUGGCUCUAGUCACUGGCAUCUCACUUUACGAUAGGGAAGGCUACUAUCUAGGGCACUUUAAGUCAGUGACAGCCCUUAUUUGCACUUCACCUUUUCAUCAUAUCUGUUUCCCUGGAGCAGGAGCUCUGGAAACACCUGGGAUGGUGUUGCAGCCUGCAGCAGGUGCUCCCAUCUCGGGAAUCUUGGGGGCAUUUGCAGCCCAUCUUUUCUCAUAUCACGUUAGUCACUAACAUAUUUAAAGUAUGUGCUGUUUGCCCAACUUUUAGAAACUUAAUCAUUUUUCUAAAUAAAAAGAAGUACUGCACCCAGCAAUUACACUCUGUGCAUUUACUGUGGUUACUUACACCAUCAUAGAGGUAUAACACUUACCAAAAUGUGUUAUAUGCAGUACUUACAUUUGCAAAACAUAAGCAAAAAGAGCAAAGUGACAACUUCACUUGGCAAUUAGUGAGAGAGAUGGAAAGGUCAUAGCAGGGUGCUGAGGGAAGUACCUGGAGAAGUAGCCAGCAGGCUGACCAGAUGUUACAGGAUGGAGUUCCAAACAUCCACAAUGCUAUACCCCUGUGCAACCUCACCCGGUAUGCCACAUUAGUGCAGCCACACUCAAUGCAGAGAGGAACACUGCAUCUUCAAAUGAGAAAGUGUACAAUUCUUUUUCCUCUUACAGCAUGUCAGCAUCUCAAGUUCAUUUAUCAACCUACAAUAUAACAAUUUGUAAUAAAGCCGUCAUGAGCUCAUGACAUGAAGCACUAUUCUGUCAUCAAGUAUUCUCAGAUGUUUCUGAUACUGCUGAGUUAAGACCAUCAGAAAAAGCUAGCACUAAGUCAUGUUUGGAGCUCUAGCCCAUAUUUUCCUGAUCUCUUUAAGUAUUUGUUCCUGCCACUGUACACUGUGGCGUUGACUCGCUGUUCUGUCCCAGUGCAGUGCCUCCUCCUGACUCCCCCACUGCUCUCUGUGGUGAGAAACUUGCCUUGUUCAAUAAUUACUGUACCCUCGCAUGACUGUUACAGCUUUCUGUGCAGAGAUGACUGUCCAAGUGCCACAUGCCUAUGACUGAAAUGACAAAUCUAUUGUUACCUCUGAGUUGUGUUCCACGGAAAAUGCUAUCCAGCAGAUCACUUAUGAAAAAUAAUUCUAUUUUUAGCUUUUCAUUUCUCAGCUGUCCUUUUUUUCUCGUUUGAUUUUGACAGCAAUGGAGAAUGGGUUAUAUAAAGACUGCCUGCUUAAUAUGAACAGAAAUGCACUUGUAAUUCAUGAAAAUAAAUAUACAUCUUUUAUCUUCAUAUUCAUGUUAAGAUUCAGUGUUGAUUUCCUCUGGAUCAGCGUGUCCAUGUGGACAGUCAAGUUCAGUUUGUGGUUAGGACAGAAAUGCUUAUGGGCCUCACCUUCCCACCUGGGUACUGCCCCAACACUUUGUUUUACAUGAGAUGAUUUACAAAGCAUUUCUGUAAGGUCCUUUUUUUCCCUCUGACAGCAGAACAUCAGCUCAUAUGUUCUUUUUAUAUAAAUCAUAAGUCUGAAAUAUUCCGUCAAACUGAUGAAGAGGCCCAGAUGUCUCAGUCUUGAUUCUCUGGUUCGUUCCACAUAGGGCCUAUCUCUGUGCCCCAGAGCUGUUGCAGGGCACAACUGAGUGCUGGGAAGGGCUACCCAACAUCUCGGGGCCCAUAACCCAGUCCAGGGUGCUGACACUCACACCUCACAGACUUUAAAGAGGGAUGACUGGCUUAUCUUCAGAAAUCAGAACCACUUUGAGAUUCUUGUCCUAAAAUACAUGAUUUUCACCUCCGUGCACAGAACAGCCAUGUGAAGGUCCACACAGCCUUGACAGGUUACAGAGAUUUGACUGUUGCUUAAUAAUUGAUGUCAGUUUUCAUUUCAAAGAAGCAUUGACAGUUUUACUAUUACUGUUUCUUUGUACUUUUAAAAUGGAAUGUUGUUGUUGCUAUGAGGUUAAUCUGCAGUCCUCUAAAUAGAAAGCCAUAGCCUUGGUUACUAAUACCUGGGGAUUAUGGGCUCCUUUCCCACCCCGCUCACUGGUACAGUGGAGUCAGAUUGACUUGAAACCACUAACUGUGUUCUAGAAUCACUGUAGCCAUAAGUUGUAUGCUUUUUUUUUUUUUGAAUCAUGCCAAACUUGAUUUAACAGAUCAGAAAAUUGUCAUAACCAAGAUAUUUGUGCAGAGUACUAGCUGUUAUGUAUAAUAGACUCAUCAUUGGAUCUUUUUGCAUCUCAAAAAAUGUACAGAUUAGGUCUUCUAAAUUCAUGUUGGUAAUGCUGAAUGCCUUUAUUAGUAAUGUCCUCAGAUAAGCUUUCAGUCGUUUUGGUGUCUAAAAUUCAAGCAAAAACAAAAAAAAAUCCUGUUGAAACAUUCCAGUCGUUUAAUUUAUUAUGAGGCAAAAUAUACCUAACAAGCCAGUGGGCUGGAUUUGAGAAAACUCAUGACAACUCUGCUGAUAAAGUCUUCAAAGCUGAUACCGACACGCAGACCAUUUUGAUGCAUGGGUAGAAGAAUAUCAUUGUAUUUUGUAUGCAGUACAUAGUGUGUGGUGUGUUCACAUAAUUCCUUCUGCUGUAGGCAAAGGUGAUGGGCAUGGCAGUGCCUGUUAGCUUUCAGGAGCCACAUGCAGCUCAUCAGUGGUUGUCUCUAAGGAAUCACAGAUCUACUCCCCAUGCCGCAUGCCACAUAAUAUUCAGACCAUUCAGAGGAGACUUUUACCUUUAUUUGCUUAUGUGUCCAUACAGUUUUUAAAUUGGUGACUUUUAUAUAGUAUGGUAACAGUAUGUUAAUAUACACACACAUACAUACGCACACAUGCUUUGGGUCCUUCCAUAAUACUUUUAUAUUUGUAAAUCAAUGUUUUGGAGUAAUCCCAAGUUUAAGGGACAUAUUUUUGUAAAUGUAGUGGUUUUGAAAAUCUGAGCAAUCGUUUUUGCUUAUACAUUUUUAAAGCAUUUGUGCUUUAAAAUUGUUAUGCUAGUAUUUGAAAUAUGAUACUCUUAUAAUGCAGAUGAAAAGCAUGUAACAGUAGAGUAAGUAUGUGAUUUCUCUCACUGUAAUCCAGACUUGGCAUAAUUGAUCAGAAACAACUAGGAAUCCAGAAGUAAUUCUCUAGGGUUGCACAGGUUUACCUAAAGCUCGUUGCCUUCUUUGUGCUGUUUACCCAUGUAGAGCACUCAAGAAAGUUCUGAAAUUGCUUUGUAUCUACUUUGUAUUGUUGGUGCCUUCUUGGUAUUGUAUCCCAAAACUCUGCAUAGAUUAUUUAGAAUAAUGAUAAGUUUAAAAAAAAAUGUUAAAGGAAGAUUUUAUUAAGAAUCUGAAUGUUUAUUCAUUAUAUUGUUACAAUUUAACAUUUAUUUGUGGUAUUUGUGAUUUGGUUAAUCUGUAUAAAAAUUGUAAGUAGAAAGGUUUAUAUUUCAUCUUAAUUCUUUUGAUGUUGUAAGCGUACUUUUUAAAAGAUGGAUUAUUUGAAUGUUUAUGGCACCUGACUUGUAAAAAGAAAAACUACAAAAAAACCCUUAGAAUCAUUAAAUUGUGUCCCUGUGUUACCAAAAUAACAUAGUACUGUGCAUGUAUAGUUUAACUGGAAUUUCAUGUGAAAAUAUGAAGUUACUAGUCCUUUAUUACAAUGUUUCCCAAAUAAGUGUGUCUUCCUAAUUUGAUUUUGCUAACAGCAAUUAGUAAUAGAACCUUUAACUGGUACUCUAAAUUUCAGUGGGAUGUUAGUGCUCCAUCACGUUUUCCAGAUUAUUCUUCAGACCUUUGACUUUAAAGGGAAAAAAGGCAGUGCUGGGAGUCCUAGUGCAGUUUCCAUGUCCAUCUCUUCUCGUCUUCCUCAACUUCAACUGAGCUGCCAGGUGUCACUGCAGCCUCUCUUUUUUUAGACCAAGAAGUAAUGAAUAUAUUAGGGAAUAUUGGACAUUUGGUUUUUGGACAUCAUGCAGUUACUUACUUAUAGCACUGAAAUAUAGGAAGUAUUUCUCAUGUGGUGGUAUAGAAAGGACACAGGCUUUGGGCCCUCUGCCUUUGACUGCAGCUGACUUUUGGCCAGUUACUGUGCUGCUCUAAGCUUCAGUCUGUGAGCUUCAUACUCUCAGCUGUAAUCAGUAUACUUGCCUUGCUUGUGGUAAGGAUUAUGAAAAUACAUAUUUGAAGUGUUAACCAUAAUACCUCAAAACGGGUACUUAGUAACAUUUUCCUAAAUAUUAUCAUAAGGUACUCAGUAACAUCUUCCUAAAUUUUGUCAUAAGGUGACACUAAAAUGUCUGCUAACUAAACUGCUUUCUGUUAAUCUGAGAGAGAAAAAACUUCCUACUCCACGCUAAACUGGGAGUUUCUGAUGGGAUAUUCUAUGGCAGAACUGCAUCUGCUUUCCAUCUGAGAGAGUACCAAUUAACAUUCUUCGUUGUUGUCCAAAUCCUAUAAAAAACAAUCAAAAUGAUUCUCUUCGUUAUCUAUAGAGAAGCCUAAUAAUAAGUAUUUGCCCACUUUAAUUAUGAGGAGUGCUUUCCUUAGCAAUAGUGCGGCCAUUCUGGCUAGUGGUAUAGAACAUCUUGGCUAGCCUGGUUCAUUUUAUUUCACUAGAGAGGCCCUCUGAGAGAAGUAGGAACCAGCCCAGGUCAUGGGGAUAACAGAGUGGGUGGAGGUGAGGUGCAGGCCAACCCUCCUGAACCCCUAAGUGUGGAGAGAGGAAGAAGAAUUGAGUAUCCACAGAGGAGCUGUGGAAGAAUCAAAUUGUCAUGGGGCACAGACAUGAUCAUCAUUUGAGUUUAAGCGAUGAGGGAGAGACAGUAAAGGGUUUGGAGCUGGUCCUAUGAGGCCCAGCAAUGGAUCACGUGGAAAGGGCCACUAAAGACAAAAGGUCACUUUCUAGGCAGAGAGGAAGAAAUGAAGUGACUGUGUACC